AAUCAUUCCACAAGGUUUAUUACAUCAUUUACUUGAAAGUAAAUACAUUUGGGGACGGUGUUACAAUAUGCUUAUUUUUUAAAAUGUCAUAGCAUAUUUCAAAAGUACCACAUUGCAUUAGAUUCGCAUAUUGAAAUUCACAAAAAGUUGAUAAUAGAUACUUGUUGGGAUAUAUUAUCCCGGCCUAUUACUGUUCAUGAGUCCAAGGCUUUACGUAGUACGGAGCCCGAGCAGCUAGGCCCAUUUCGGCCCAUCCGGCCCACUUUAGCCAUUUGGGCCCACUCCGGCCCAUGCGGCCCAUUAGGGUGGAGAGCAUCCCCUUCCCCUAUUCUCUAUAAAUAUAGGAGUUUCCCUCCAUAUUAUGGAUCCCUUCCUUCUUCCUUCUUCCUUUAGAAUAGCUCAAAUACUCCAUUGAUGGGAGUUCAAAAUGUACUAUGUAAUGGUGAGGAGAGUCCUAAUGAGAAUGAGAGGGCUUGGACAUUAGCCUAAAAAGUCCCGUGUUUUUCUCCCUUUCGGGUUUCCACGUAAAAACUGAGUGUUCAUACAUAUAUUUACUAUAUCGUGUUGGAUUAAACUCAACACUGGCGCCGUCUGUGGGAAUCAGUUCAAAAAGAUUACACGUAUUCUCCGUUUUUUCUGCAAGAUGCAUACGGAUGAACUUGUUUUUCAGCAAAAAAGAAGAAAAAUUUUACAAAGAAUGAUUCUGAGAAAAGAAGAAUAUACAGAUCUGGAUUCGUCACAUCUGGAACAUCCCAACCUUCGCCGGAAACUGCCAGGGCCGCCGGGAAUCGCCGUAACCGUCCAUGUUGCGUCGGCACCAUCAACUGAAGGUCGCUGCUCACUGGACCUCACUGUGGCAGCUCGAAAGUGACUGGUGCCGCCUCAGAUGGGUCGCCGGUCACCGUUCACGGCUAGCAUAUCCACCUCGCUGCCAACCUAAGCUUCCUUGAUUUCCGACAUUAAUGGCGAUUUGGAGUUCUCGAGAGCCAAAUAUCUGACCGGGGCUGAUCCCUCGCCGAAGACAAGCCUCCAUGGCCGCCGUUGAGCUGCCAUGGCUCCAUUGCUGCCGUCAAUCAGGGGCCGAACGAUACUGCCCUUCCUUGGUGGGGUGUUCAUUUGCCUCUCCACAAGAUGCUCCUCACUUGGCUGAGAGCAGGCCACGUACAAAGGCCGAAAUCCAAGAGUGGAAUUAGCAACAAAGAUGGGACACCAAGCAUUAUUUUGGGCGGUCAACGUACGUAGCAGGACAUUAUUUGGAGUGUGUUGACUCAGUCAACAAGCAUAAGAUUAUUUGGACAAGUCUUCCAUAGUUGCUUCCCGGCUAAAGGGCACGACUUCAAAGCUAAGUAUUUUAAUUCCAUCAUACGCUAAUUAAACACUUUAGUAGUUGAAAACUAGAAGUAUUGCUAGUACUUUUCAUCACUAUUAUUUAUUAGGGAUAAAAAUGUCCCGAAAUUAAAUAGUGCGAGCGAUGCUCUAGUGAUAAUUAUUUUCACCGUCAUUUUAAUUAAUGGCUGGAUGUUGUGGGGCCGUUUGGCCCCUCUCGAUCGGCUUUAAUUAGCGAACGGAGCGUAUCUGAAUGACUUAUGGUAGGAUAAUACUAUUAUUACUACCCGUACAUCGCUAUUAUUUAUUAGGGAUAAAAAUGUCCCGAAAUUUAAUAAUGUGGAGCGAAGCUCUGGUGAUGGUUGGUUCAGCCAACAUUUUAUUAAAUAUUUAAUUUCUUGUGGGCCUGUUGGCCCACUCUCGAUCAGCUUGAUUAAGUGAUCUGAGCGUCUCCAGAAGGGCGAUGCCCCGACGACGCAUUUUAAUUUGAGGGUUGCGCAUUAGGCCGCAUGGCACUACAUGCCCGAUCGACGACCAUACCCCAACGUAAUCUACGCCAUUAGGCGCGAAGUGACUAUUGCCGAACGUGGCCUAUGGGGCCUGGGAGCACCAAAGCACUCAACCUCGUUUUCCCGAGGGCAGUGCGACCAACUUGGGUCUGAGUUUGAAAACUCACAGACCGAUGAAUAUCUCUAUGUGACGUUCGGCGGGCUGCUAAUUGGCCCCGCCGCGAGCUGCUAUGUCCCUUAACCCCGCACGAUGAGCCGGGCCGAGGGUCACGAUGACCCAUAGGCCGGUAAUCGUGGAUGUUAAAGAUAAAGCCAUGCAGGUGGUUAUGUGUGUAUACAUAUUGUCGGGCCGUGCGGCCCGUUACCAUGCUUAUUGCGCAGCUGAAGCCGCUCGACGCGCUCGAGCGAAAUGAUUAAAAGACGCUCGGCCCGAGUCCUGAAGACGUGCAGGGCCGGCUAAAGAGGAGACCAUCACGGCUGAGGACCGUGAGACGAGCAUCUCCAUCUAGAGGCCGAGGGCCUAGAGGAGACCACCACGGUUGAGAACCGUAGGACGAGCAUCUCCACCCCAGAGACCGAUGGCCUAGGAAGAACACCUAGAGGCCGAGGAUCUAGAGGCGAAUGCCAUGACGGAGAACUGUGAGACGAUCACCCGUCAUUCAGAGGCCGAGGGCCUAGAAGAGAUCGUCACGGCCGAGGGCCGUCUGACGUCAUCAUACCAUGACCGGCCCCUCGGCGCGACAUGAUUAUCAUAUUUGAAGACCGGUUUCAUCCCCGCUCCUCGCGGAUGACGGCCAUUGCUUGUUUUCUCAGAUCGGCCUCUCAUUGCCGACACAGUUAUAUCACGACCGGCCUCCCGGCUCGGCGUGCUUUCCAUAUUUGAAGACCAGCCUCGUCCCCGCGAUGCGCGGAUGAGGACCGUUGCUUGAUUUCGGAUCGGCCUCCCAUUGCCGACACCAUUAUAUCAUGUUCGGCCUCUCGGCCCGACAUACUUAUCUUUUGAAGACCGGCCUCACCACUGCUCCUCGCGGAUGAGGACCGUUGCUUGGUUCUUUAUGAUCGGCCCCCAGGCCGACACUCUUACAUGGCCACCGACCCCCUGGUACGGCGCCAUUAUCAUAUUUGAAGACCGGCCUCGUCCCCGCUCUUCGCGGAUGAGGACCGUUGCUUGAUUCUUUCAUAUCGGCCUCUCAUUGCCGACAUCAUUAUACCACGACCGGCCUCUCGGCUCGGCGUGCUUAUCUUUUGAAGACCGGCCUCAUCCCCGCCAUCUCGCGGACGAGGACCGUUGUUUGAUUCUUUCAGGUCGGCCUCUCACUGCCGACGCCAUCAUGUUAUGUUCGGCCUCUCGGCACGACAUAUUUAUCUUUUGAAGACCGGUUUCAUCCCCGCGCUGCGUUGGAUGGGAGCCGUUGCUCGGAUAAAUCGGCCUGACCGGACACUAUUGUCAUCUCCAUUAUCAGGACCGACUGCUCAGCGACAUUAUGAUCAUUGUAUAUCGGCUCCCAAUGCCGACCUUCUUGAGUUAGCGAUCGGGCUCACCCCUCCCUUCAUGAGGGUGACCAUCGCCUUCGCAUGACAUUAUGUGUGACAUCACUUGUGGUUAUUCUUGGAACCGACGAACGUAUUUUCCUCCCUCAAAAAAAAAAAAAAAAAAGAAGAAAAAAAAAAGAAGAAAAAAAAAAGAAGAAAAGAAAAGAAAAGAAAAAAAAAGAUGGGGAGAAGGGGAGACGAGAUCCUAUGAGAGAGGGAGUCUUGACGAGGUAUGCCUGAUCUUCCUUCGCCGCGUAUGACGAACGUCUCCCGACGCGGAGGCUAGUAGGAACGUGGGGGGGGGGGGGGGCUAGACGUACCAAAGGGAACCUCGGCAAGAUAAACCAGUUCCUCCCAUGACCCGUGGUUCGAUGAACACCUUCUGCUAAAGCAGAAGGCUAGUAGGGCCACGAGCAUGGGACGACGAAGCAGGGAAUCCCGACGUGGAUAAACCAGUGACCUCCUUGCGAUCGUUGGAUGACCGAACGUCUUCUUCGAAGCAAGAAGAUUAGUAGGACCACGACAGGGACGAACGAAGAAUAGGGAAUCCCGACGUGGAUAAACCUGUUCCUCCUUGCGAUCGUGGGAUGACCAAACGUCUUCUUCGAAGUAAGAAGAUUAGUAGGACCACGACAAGGACGAACGAAGAAUAGGGAAUCCCGACGUGGAUAAACCUGUUUCUUCUCAUAGUUGGGAUGACGAACGUCUCCUGCGAAACCAGGAGACCAGUACUCACGAGACUUGGGAAGAACGAAGAACCAGUUCUUUACCGGAGUCUGUUGCGUGCCGAGUGUACACCGCUUAGCGGUCCAUACAUAGGACCACGGAUACGGUAGACGAACGAAGACCAGCUCCAUGGAUCCGACAUGAAGAACCAGUUCUUUACCGAAGUCUGUUGCGUGCCGAGUGUAAACCGCUUAGCGGUCAAUACAUAGGACCACGGAUACGGUAGACGAACGAAGACCAGCUCCAUGGAUCCGACAUGAAGAACCAGUUCUUUAUCGGAGUCUGUUGCGUGCCGAGUGUACACCGCAUAGCGGUCCGUACAUAGGACCACGGAUACGGUAGACGAACGACGAUCAGCUCCCCAGAUCAGGUAGGAGGGACAUCGCCCAGAUUUAUUUCAGGCUCACCAUUCUUUCCCGGAUGGAGUCCUGGCAGACGAUCGGCUUCUCACAGCCAAUCAGGAGAGAGACUUGACACAUCACCAGCACGGCCGAGGGCCGCGAGACGAUUAUCACUCACCGACAGGCCGAGGGCCAUGAGAUGAUCAUCACUGUUUUUCUGUAUCACGAUCGGCCCGAUAGCGCCAUCGUGUCCAGAUUCACGGUUCGGCUCGCCCAUUCCCUUCCAGGAUGGCGACGACCGUCUUAUGCAGUACGAUCGGCCCCUCAGCGCCAUCGUACCCAGCUCACGUUCAGCUCGUCCAUCCCCCCAGGAUGGCGACGAACGUCUUAUGCACCACGAUCGGCCCCUCAGCGCCAUCGUGUCCAGGUUCACGGUUCGGCUCGCCCAUUCCCUUCCAGGAUGGCGACAACCGUCUUAUGCAGUACGAUCGGCCCCUCAGCGCCAUCGUACCCAGCUCACGUUCAGCUCGUCCAUCCCUUCCAGGGUGGCGACGAACGUCUUAUGCAUCACGAUCGGCCCCUCAGCGCCAUCGUGUCCGGACUCACGGUUCGGCUCGCCCAUUCCCUCCAGGAUGGCGACGACCGUCUUAUGCAGUAUGAUCGGCCCCUCAGCGCCAUCAUACCCAGUUCACGGUUCGGCUCGCCCAUUCCCUCCAGGAUGGCGACGACCGUCUUAUGCAGUACGACCGGCCCCUCAGCGCCAUCGUACCCAGCUCACGUCCAGCCCGUCCAUCCCUUCCAGGGUGGCGACGAACGUCUUAUGCAUCACGAUCGGCCCCUCAGCGCCAUCGUGUCCAGAUUCACGGUUCGGCUCGCCCAUUCCCUCCAGGAUGGCGACGAACGUCUUAUGCAGUAUGAUCGGCCCCUCAGCGCCAUCAUACCCAGUUCACGGUUCGGCUCGCCCAUUCCCUCCAGGAUGGCGACGACCGUCUUAUGCAGUACGACCGGCCCCUCAGCGCCAUCGUACCCAGCUCACGUCCAGCCCGUCCGUCCCUUCCAGGGUGGCGACGAAUGUCUUAUGCAGCACGAUCGGCCCCUCAGCGCCAUCGUGUCUCUUUCACGUUCGGAUCGCGCAUCUCUUCCAGGAUGGCGACGAACGUCUUAUGCAGUGCGAUCGGCCCCUCAGCGCCAUCGUACCUGGCUUCACGGUUCGGCUCGCACAUUCCCUCCGGGAUGGCGACGACCGUCUUAUGCAGCACGAUCGGCCCCUCAGCGCCAUCGUGUCUCUUUCACGUUCGGAUCGCGCAUCUCUUCCAGGAUGGCGACGAACGUCUUAUGCAGUGCGAUCGGCCCCUCAGCGCCAUCGUACCUGGCUUCACGGUUCGGCUCGCACAUUCCCUCCGGGAUGGCGACGACCGUCUUAUGCAGCACGAUCGGCCCCUCAGCGCCAUCGUGUCUCUUUCACGUUCGGAUCGCGCAUCUCUUCCAGGAUGGCGACGAACGUCUUAUGCAGUGCGAUCGGCCCCUCAGCGCCAUCGUACCUGGCUUCACGGUUCGGCUCGCACAUUCCCUUCAGGAUGGCGACGACCGUCUUAUGCAGCACGAUCGUCCCCUCAGCGCCAUCGUGUCUCUUUCACGUUCGGAUCAUGCAUCCCCUCCAGGAUGGCGACGAACGUCUCAUAUGCAGCACGAUCAGCGCCCCAGCGCCAUCGUGUCUGGCUCGUGUUCGGCUCGCCCAUCCCUUCCAGGAUGGCGACGAACAUCUCUUAUACAGCUCGAUUGGCCCCUCGGCGGCAUCAUGCCUAGUUCACCUCCGGCUCCGCCCAUGCCAUCUCGGAUGGGGGACCCGUCAUAUGCAGCAUGAUUGGCCCCUCGGCGGCAUCAUGUCUAGUCCACCUUCGGCUCCGCCCAUGCCAUCUCGGAUGGGGGACCCGUCUUACGCAGCGCGUCUGCUUCUCGGCGCUGACAUGCCCGAGUUAUCGAUGAGAGCUACUGCUUCUAUCACAUCUUGCAUUCCCUCUCUCAUACAUUACAUACAUACAUUACAUGCAUACAUACAUUCAUGCAUCAUACCUCAUACAUUCAUACAUACACACGUGCAUCAUGUUUUGACAGUACCGCGACGUCGGUUUAUAGAUGAUGGACCUCUAAGCUUCUCCGAUUGGAAAGCUCGAGUCAGAGUUCUUUACUCCCGCCUGAUGCAUUCAGGGGGAGUGUGCCCGUGGAGGAGCACCCUUCGCCCGACCCUGUCGGGAAGGGGGGUGCCUCACUGGUAGAUUACGUUCAGGAGUGCAGACACUCACUCAUAUAUGAUGAUUAUGUGAAGACACAAUUUCCAGCAAGACAGAGGAAGAGCGCAGGCAGAGUAUAUUUUCUCGAGCAGAUUCGCGGGCUCACUACUCAAGAAACUGGGGGACUUGUGUUGGGAUAUAUUAUCCCGGCCUAUUACUGUUCAUGAGUCCAAGGCUUUACGUAGUACGGAGCCCGAGCAGCUAGGCCCAUUUCGGCCCAUCCGGCCCACUUUAGCCAUUUGGGCCCACUCCGGCCCAUGCGGCCCAUUAGGGUGGAGAGCAUCCCCUUCCCCUAUUCUCUAUAAAUAUAGGAGUUUCCCUCCAUAUUAUGGAUCCCUUCCUUCUUCCUUCUUCCUUUAGAAUAGCUCAAAUACUCCAUUGACGGGAGUUCAAAAUGUACUAUGUAAUGGUGAGGAGAGUCCUAAUGAGAAUGAGAG